ACAUCACAAUUUGUUCCCUCCCCAAACUCCUCAGAAACCCUUGUUUGUGCUCAACACUAUCCUUAAUUCUCGAAGAACUAUUAAAUCAUCUUUGUGAAUCUCAUCCGUAAGAUUUAAACGUUCUGUGACGCGAUCGUGUUUUGUUUUAUCUGUGUGCUUGUGUCGUCUAUACGUAGAGAAUAUGUUAAUUGAUAACAGUGAUGGUGAAGUGAAAUUUUAAUAUUAUUUGUUCUACUCAGUCGCAAUUGUGGCGCUGGUGAGUUUAGACGUCAUACGCGAGAUAUAAGACACAGUGAAAGUGAUCAAGUGCCUAGUGGUAGUGCAAUUGUGCGGAUGUAUUUGCGGUAGCGAUCCCGCGUAAUGGAGAGCGCAGUGCACGCAGCUGUGCCGCUGCGAGUCGGCAAGAAGAUGAGGAAACGGCGGGAGUUGGACGCAUUGGUUGGCGGUGGAGGGUCGAGAAGCAGUCGCCUGCUAUCAGCCUCUAGUGAUGAAGGAGAGCCAUGGGGAAGACGGACGGCUCGCCGGCGACGCUCUCGUCCCUUCGUCCGCCUCGCUGCUGCCUUAUCACUAUGUGUCUGCGUUGUUUCAGCAGCGACAGUGUUAUGGCUCUUCGUCGAUGUUCGGCGGCAAAUUGUUUCUCUACGCAUGGAAAUGGAUAGAGUCUCAACCAGCAGCAGCAGUGUAGGUGACGCCCUGCAAGUAUGCCACACUGCUGCCAAAGAACUGCGCGCGAAUGCCACAGACUUCAAUAUACGGCUUGCGAAACUCGAGCAAGAGCACCAGGAGCUCGCCAAAAGAGUGGAAGAAGCUGGUGCCACGAUAGCCGCGGUGUCAGAGAAACUCGCCGCUGCACCAAUGUUGGCCGACACGCCCAACCGGCUGGCGGAGUUGCAGCGGACGGUCGCCUAUUUCGGUUCACAGAUAAAAGGUUAUGACGCUUCAAUAGAGAGCGCUCACAAACAAGCCUUAAACGCGGCAAUGGGGGUGGAGGAUAUCAAAACCCUAUUGCAGCAGUUGCAUGCUAAAACCAAUGAGACUGUUGCCAACGUGUCCGCGAACAUGAAGGCAGAGGACGAACUGAAGGCGCAAGUAUCCGCCCUCAACGGCACACUCACAGCGAGAGUGGAAGAAUUGCAAAGCAAAGUGCUGGAGAUAAGUAGAUCGACGAGUACAGUGGCUCCGACGACGUCGACGACCACAACGACUACAGCCGCUACGCCUGCGUCGUCUUCGGCCCCGUCAGUCACAACGCCACCAGGUUCGCCAGCAAAACCAAUGGUAUCAAAUUGAGGGAACAAAACAUUAUGUGUCCGCAGUGAACGUUGUAGUAAGGUUGCUCACGAGUUGAUCUCAAGACAUGUUACGUCCACAAGACAAUUAUACGACUGUAGGAGUGUUUGGCAGAAUUCGUAGCGGAAAGCGAUACCCUCCAAAGCUAAUGUUAAGGUGUUAGAUUGCGAUGCUCGAUAUUUUUGUGGCUUAUAAUUAGACGUAGCCACUUUUUAUGGCAUGGGAUUCGUAGGCUUAAAGUGCUAUUGACAUCACGUAUAAAUACGAGGGUUAAAAAGUAUUGUGUUCAUAACAAAAAUAUACCUACAUUUGUAUUACGCUUAGAAUUAAAAUGCAUUAACUGAAAAAGACAUUU